CCCAGGUGAGCCGCGCGUGAGCGACCCCUUCUUCCGGCGCCCGCCAGCUUCCUCUCCGUUCGGGAUCCGUUUCCCCUCCGGAGCCGGGGCCGCGGCGAGCGCUCAGGAUAUAUUUGUGCCAUUAUGGAUCGGUUUGAUGAUAUAUCAGAAGGUGAAGUGGACCAUUCUUUCUUUGACAGUGACUUUGAAGAAGCAGAUAAAAGUGAAAAUAACUCAUUUUUUGACAAGCAAAAUGAUAACCCUAAAGAGAAAAUAGACAAAGAUAUGGUAAAUGUAAACUCGAAAUUUGGAAUGCAAAGAAAAGAAAAUGAUCUUAUUGAGAAAGAAAAAGAUCUUACUGAGAAAGAAAAUGAUCUUACUGAAAAAGAAAAUGAAAAAGAAGAGAAAAUUCCUCCAGAAGAACACUGUAUAGAAAAUGGUAAUACACAAACCACAAAUUCUUUAUCAUUAACCACUUCUUCGAGAUCAAAAAAACCGUGUGAUGCUACAACAGGACAUAAAAUACACUUGACCAUUCCAAAUAGAAUUCCCAAAAUUGUAAAAGAAAGUGAAGAUGACUACUAUACAGAUGGAGAGGAAAGCAGUGAUGAUGGGAAAAAACAUGCCAGGUCCAAGUCAGCUAAACCAUCUAGUAACAAAAAAGGCAUAAGUAAAAAGUAUUCCAAAAGUAGUUCCUUUUCCUCUUUGUCCUCAUCUUCAAGUUCAGAUGCAGAUAGUUCAGAUGCAGAAUCUGAUAAUUGUACACCUGAUUCAUCCCCUUCAUUAAAGAAACAUCUCUCUGAUAUAAACCACUUGUCACCAAAACAGAAAUAUAAACUAGGAAUAAAAUCAGCAGGAACACAGCCUUCAAGUACUAAACCAAAAGUCAAUGACUACACUGAAGAAUCUGAAGAUACUGUGACAGAUGUCACUCCUUUAUCAACCCCAGACAUCAGCCCUGUCCAGUCUUUUGAACUGGGUGCAUCAAACGAUCAAAAAGUUAAAGUUAAAAGGCAAGAAAACGUGAGUCAAGAAGUGUAUGGAAAUGUUGAGGAUUUAAAAAAUAAUUUGAAAUCGGCCAAAAAAGGGAAAGAAAAACAUGGGUUCGAUCUAACCUCGAAAUCUUCAGUGUUAGAUUCCAAUUUAGACCACAGAUACAAACAAAAAGCCUUACAUGACACAAUGGAUCUGAAUAAUCUCUUGAAAGCUUUUCUGGAACUGGAGAAAAAAGGACCACAGAAACAUCACUUAGAUCAGCCUUCAGCAGCACCUAGAAGAAACUACUCUUUCACAAGAGAGGAGGUGAGACAGAUUGAUCGGGAAAAUCAGAGGCUUUUGAAAGAGCUAUCAAGACAGGCUGAAAAACCAGCAAGCAAAAAUACAGUUCCCAGAAAAUUGAUGAGUCAACCCCCUAAGUUAUAUCACAGUGCUGUCAACAGACAGAGAGAACAGCAAAGGAUUGAAAGAGAAAAUUUGGCUUUAUUGAAGAGGCUUGAAGCUGUGAAACCAACAGUUGGCAUGAAACGCUCAGAACAACUGAUGGACUAUCAUCGCAAUAUGGGUUAUCUCAGCUCAUCACCAUCCUUAAGACGAGUGAGGUCAACUCUUGGCCAAUACAGCCCAUUAAGAGGAGCAUCCAGGACAUCUAGUGCUACCAGUGGUCUCAGUUGUAAGAGUGAGGGAGCAGUUUUUGACACAUCCAGUGGCCUGUCGCUAAGACCUAAGCCCCCUAAUGUUCGUACAGCUUGGUUAUAAAAAAACUUACUUUAAACGUUGUUCAUCUGAUUCUUAUUGAAGUGCUUUUAUAUAUUACUAUAAUUCUCUGUGUAAACAUCUAUUAAUUACUGUUUUAAGCAUUUUAAGUUGUACAAACAGUAAGGUGUAAUUUAUUGUACUUCAAUGCAAAAUUGUUUUUGAGAAAGACAAUUUAAUGUAAAGUCGGUGUUUUCUAUAAGGAUGUAUUUAUGAGAUGUAUAUGUAUUUAAUAGAGAAAUGCAUGUAUAUUUUCUCAGCAUAGAGAUUGAUUCCACUGUCAUGCUGACACAACAGUUAUGAUAGUAUUACUGCACAUUGGUUCUGAGAUGGUAACUAUAUACAUCUCAUUUUAUUGUAUUUUCAUUUCUUACAAGCUUUAAACCAUGAGGAUUACUCCUAAAUUUGACUAGCUUUGUUUUCUGUUUGCUUCAGCGUUUAGGUGGUAUGACCCAUAACUUGAUCGUAACACUUUCUUAUUAAUGAAACAAAUCUUGAAACUUGUUUUCAUUAGUGGAGCUAAUUUAUUAGGGCAAUGUUUAUGAUUUUCUAGUGGUAUUUACUACCUCUGCGUAAGUGUGCAGAGUUAGAUUGUAAAAUGUCAUCGACCGUUUCAAACCAUUUCAAACUGAGUAUUAGAAAGGUCCACUUAGAAGCUCCUCUUUCAUGGUUUUAUACAUUCAGGUAAAGUACUAUUAAUGAUUCUGAGAAAUGAGGUAGGCCUUAGAGCUACAGGCUACUUGCAUUAUGAAUAGCUUAUCCAAGGACCGGAUCAUCAAAGGAAAAACAAGUAUUUUUUGAAUCAGCAAAAUAGCGCUACCAGUUUGACGAUCCAAGAAGCAGAUUCUGAGUUGUGUCAGAACAGUGUUUUAAGUAAUACUGUUAACAAGCUGUGUUAUAUUUAGUAUUUAUUGUAUUACGACAGAAGAUAAACAAGAAAGAAAUGUAUGUCUCACAGCUUGAAAAAUUCCAGCUAGUGUUUUUAAGGGCUGAAAAAGAAAGCUAAAAUAUAAAUGAUAGAGGGGAGAGAAAAAUCACAUUUGUGGAGGCUACUUUAAAUGUCUGCUAAUUUUCUUGUUUUGUUUCAAUCUGUAGGCUCUUACAGUAUAUCUCAGUGUCUACUGUUCUAGUUUAUCACUGGUUUUCAUUACUAGCCUUUUUAGUAUAUCCUUAGAAUGUUUGGAAAGUUUCCAUAUUAAAUGCCAAACCUUUCUUUUUUAAUAUUAAUUUUUGAUCUUUAGCCACAAUAAGAAUAUUUGUAUUUUUCUGGGUUAACUCAAGCUCUGUAGUAUAUAUGCAGAAAGCCAAACUUCAUUUUACUAAACGUCAAUUCAGAAUUUUUUGGUGUUAGUUUGUGUUAGAUUCUGUUUAGGGCAGGGCAUGGUGAAGUGAGGGGACAAUAAGGCUAAAUUAUUGCAUGUGAACACAGCCUGACUGUGAGAUUGUUCUGCUUCUUUCUUUGGGCUAUAAUGUUCAUUCAUUGUUAUUUGAUGCUCUGUGAACAGGUUUUUGCAUCAUUUUGUGUUAGCUAUACUAAUGCAAGAUUUUAUUUUUUAACUUAUUGUACCUUUAAUGUUUGUACAACACCCUGUCUUUAAUGAGAGAGAAGCUAACACUGAAUUUAAAAUUCAGCAUUUAAACAUCUGUCCAGUAGUGAUUAGCCAAUAUUUUUACAUUGAUUUUUAAGUUGUUAGGGAAAAAAUAUAUGUCAAACCUUUUAUCCAUAAUGGCAUUAGUCUCUGAGAACAUUUUAUAUUGUCUUUGCCAUAUGUCAGGUACACACAUAAUUUCAUAGAUAAAGCUGUACUUUGAUUUUAGAUACUAAAUUAAUGUCUGUAGUUUUUACUGCUUUAACAAGGGAGGUAUAUCUACGUAUUACCAACAACAGGGAUUCAACUUGAAGUAAAAGUCAGGAAGAAGAACAACAUUUGUUUUUCCAAAGCAGAAUUUACAAUUCUGCUGUCACGAUUACUUCUAUAUGAUAAGUGUAAACAGAAAACUAAGAAUUGAAAAAUGUGAUAAUUCUCUCAAGGUACUUUGAAGUUAUGGUUUAAGGGGCAUUUUUAUGAGGGGCUCCUAAUUAUACUGGUGAUUUUCAAGAACAUAAAAAGUGAAAAAUCAUCUAGCACUACUUUAUAUUUGGCUCACUUGUACUUUUCUGUAUAUACUUUAAAGACUUACUUCUGAAACUGAAAUUAUACUAAUCCAAGGUCUAAAUUAUUAGGCAAGAUUCUUAUUGAGGGUUAUUUGCAUAUCUGUCAAAUGGUAAAUGAAUAUUGCCUCCUUUUCAAUAAGAUUCUGUGAAAGAUUUUAAACUAUUAAAAUUAUUUCCUAUGGGAUUGCUAUUAUCUUGGCUUCCCCUUCUUCCCUUUUUCACUCUCCAUAAAAAGCUGUUUUCUUAGCUACUACUCCAAAUAAAAUUUUCUGGCUUGCUUAUAAAUAUGGUGUAAUGCAGUUGUUUUCAACCCAUUAACCUAAAUGUCCAGAAUGGGUAUGUAGACAACUUUAAAAAGAGGUCAUUGUGAUGGUAAUGAUUGUGUGCAUCUCAUCUUUAAACUCAAGUACUGCACACUGUGAGAAGUAUUAUGACCAAUAUAAUGUUAGAGAUACAAGUUUAAUUUAUUACAUUUUGAUCAUUAAAUUCAUAAAAUGUUUAAUGUCUUAAAUGCCAAAGUCUUUACCUAUAAAUGAUUGUAUACCAUCCUAGAAAAUGUGCUUAAUGCUAAUGACUAUUUUAUUUCCAUGAAUAAAGAUUAGUAAGAAACUGAAAGAUCAAUAUCCUUUUAAAAUUUUUCAGUCCAUGUG